AUGGUGACAACCAAGGCGAACGACGGGCAGACGGCGCUGGUUGCUGGCGCCAACACCGGGCUCGGCCUCGAGACGGCGCGAGGCCUGUACGAGCGCGGCGCGCGCGUGCUGCUGGCCGUGCGCUCGGAUGCGCGCGGCCAGGCGGCCUGCGAACGGCUGGAGUGGGACGCCGCCGACCCCGCCAUCAACGAACGGGAGCAGCGGCUCGACCUGCUCAUCAACAACGCUGGCGUCGCCGCAUCUGAGCGCAGCGAGACUGAAGACGGCUUCGAGACGACGUUCGGAGUCAACCACCUGGGCCACUUCCUGCUGACGCUGCUGCUGCUCGGUAAGCUGAAGGCGUCGGCACCCGCCCGCGUCGUGGUCCUCUCUUCCGACGCGCACAAGACGGGCCGCAUGCACUUCGACGACCUGCAGCUAACACGCGGCUACAGCUUGUGGAAGGCCUACGCGCAGAGCAAGCUGGCCAACGUGUUGUUCGUCCGAGAGCUGUCCCGCCGCCUGGCCGGCACCAGUGUCACCGUCUACGCCGUUCAUCCGGGAACAGCGCGCACCGAGAUCGGCCGGAAUUUGUCGGGAUGGCAACGCUGCUUGGUAUGGCCGUUUAGACCGCUGUUCAAGACGCCGGCGGCCGGCGCCAGGACCAGCCUGUUCUGCGCGCUAGACCCGGAGCUAGCCGGCGCCAGCGGCCACUAUUACAAGCGGUAG